AUGGAGGAGCAGGUUGUGCACAAGCAGGUGAAGGUGAACGGCAUUGAUAUGCACGUGGCCGAGCUGGGCGGCGGCGUUGCGGCCAUCCUCUUUGUCCACGGCUUCCCGGAGCUCUGGUACUCGUGGCGCCACCAGAUGCGCCACCUCUCCGCCAAGGGCUACCGCACCAUUGCACCCGACCUCCGCGGAUAUGGCGACACCAAAGGCGCCCCGCUGUCCGCCGCCGCCUACUACACUGUGCUCCACGUGGUGGGGGACUUGGUGGCCCUGCUGGACGAGCUUGGGCUGGAGAAGGUGUUCUUGGUGGGCCACGAGUGGGGCGCCAUCAUCGCCUGGUGGUUCUGCUUGCUCAGGCCCGACAGGGUCAAAGCCUUGGUCAACAGCAGCGUCAUCUUCCAGCCCAGAAACCCCCUGGUCAAGACUAUACAGGGCUACAGGCAGGCUUUUGGAGACGGCUUCUACAUGUGCAGAUUCCAGGAAGCAGGGCAAGCAGAGGCAGUAUUUGCAUCCACCGACACCGCAAAUGUAAUAACAACUUUUCUGUGUAUGCGAAACCCAAAACUAUUGGCUAUACCCCCUGAGGUGGAUAUGGGUUUAUUGUUCAAAGCUCCACCACCACCUUUGCCAUCGUGGCUCACUCAGCAAGACAUCGACUAUUACGCCUCUAAGUUUGAAAAAACCGGCUUCACCGGUGGACUUAACUACUAUCGAGCUAUGGACUUGAGUUGGGAGCUGACAGCGUCAUGGACAGGAGUUAAAGUUCAAGUGCCAGUCAAGUUCUUGGUUGGUGACCUGGACCUGGCAUACCAUUUUCCGGGCGUCAAGGACUUCAUUGAGAGCGGUGGCUUCAAGAAAUUUGUUCCACUUCUCCAACAAGUUGUGGUGAUGGAAGGAGUUGGACACUUUAUCAACCAAGAAAAGCCUACGGAGUUCAGCAACCACGUCUACGAUUUCAUCUCCAAAUUCUAA